UCGCGUUUUCCGUUAAAAAUCAUCGGAGAUCGUAACGUAAUCGACCGAAAGUAAACUGGUGACAAUGCGGCAAUGGUGACAAUCCCUAAUGUAUCAUCCUUGACCCCUAAAGUCAAGUGUCCAGCACGUGGUGAUCGUGUGCUCACCUCGUGCCGUUGCCGCCAUAACACCUUUUUUUGCUCUCAACCCCUAAAGUCAAGUGUCCAGCACGUGGUGAUCAUGUGCUCACCUCGUGCCGUUGCCGCCAUAACACCUUUUUUUGCUCUCAACCCCUAAAGUCAAGUGUCCAGCACGUGGUGAUCAUGUGCUCACCUCGUGCCGUUGCCGCCAUUACACCUUUCUUUUGCUCUCGUCCUUGACCCCUAAAGUCAAGUGUCCAGCACGUGGUGAUCAUGUGCUCACCUCGUGCCGUUGCCGCCAUUACACCUUUCUUUAACUCUCGUCCUUGACCCCUAAAGUCAAGUGUCCAGCACGUGGUGAUCAUGUGCUCACCUCGUGCCGUUGCCGCCAUAACACCUUUCUUUUGCUCUCGUUAGUAUGACAUCAGAGGCAACCGCAAGUGCAAGUGGAAAUGCACAAAAGCCAAAAGCUUUCGCAAAAUGCUGCAGGAUUGCGUAGAAUUGUUCAAAUUCUGCUAUAACAGUGACAUCAUGUGGGCAAAAUUGAAUUGAUAAUAUAAUUGAUCAAGAGACCAUUGUGUUUAAUAAAGAAGAUAUCAAAGCUAUUUAUCCUUUUUGCCAAUAUUAAUAAAAUAUAUUCAAAUAAUCUACAGCCUGAUUGUUUUAUUAUCAUCAUUAUUCCUGGAAUGUCUUUUCAAUUAUUAAAGCUAUAAAGUAAGUAAAAAGACCACGGUAAAAAUUUCUUACCCUUUUUCUUACCUUUUUUGAUGGUCAUGAUAAUAAUUACAAUGGGGUUUAUUAAAAAAAUCAUUGCGCCUAAACGGCGAAUUGCGAUUACUAUUCACAAUAAUUCUAAUAUAAAAUUAGAACGAGAUUGGGAUCACUUAAACACCCGUUUCGCUCGCGAAAUUGAAUAGAAAAGCUUCUUGCGCCGCCGCGAUGCCUGCCUAAAAACGCCUUCGAGGGAUACUACCCCUCACAAUCCUGCGAAGGUGAUAUGACAAGUUAUUUUUGCACGGUUUCUUGGUUUUUGCGGUAUCCCUGUGGUUGCCGCGCGCAUUUUAUGAAUACUUUUGGUUGAUACCCAAUCAGUGUGAUAGCCCGGGGUCGCUAGACGUGGCCUGUUGACGACCAGGGGUGAAUACCAAACUAAACGUGUGACUAUAUUAUUUUAGCGCCCUAUAUAUGACUUUUUGAAGUAGACUCACAGCUUAGAUCUGAUAAAAGCAGGAAGACAAGACAUUAAUGCAUUCUACUUGUCGCCCGAAGCAAAGUCAUCGUUAAUAUCGACAGUAAGAAUCACAAAAAGACAUCCAAGGGUUCAUUUGAAUAGUGACUCAUGCAACCUUAAAAAAAUUCAUAUUUAAUCGCAACCAAUCGAAUUGGGUAACCUGGAGAGUUAUGAGCUGCAAAAUUCACGGAAGCCUUGCAGAAGACAUAACAGCCGUAGGAUUAAACAAAGAGCCAAGCCCUAAGCAAAGCCAACAAUUCAGCUAUAUCUUAGAAGAACACAAGCAUUGAAGACAUCUACAAGCAUUGAAGACAUCCACAAGACUUCUAAGAUCACUACCAACCAUAAUCCAAUUUGGCUAGACUGGAACCGAAGUACUGCCAUAAUGUGCGAGGAUUGGAUGACAGAAUGCCCAUUGUGUUCUAUCUUUUUGAAUUUAGCCGUCUGGUUCUCCUUAGCGAUAAUUUUUUGGUGUACGAUUGAUCAGAAUCAAUACAACGGCGUCGUAUCACCGCGAGACUUGGUUGCUCUGCCAGUUGUAGUCUUCAUUCUACUUUACGCAUUCUACUUGACUGAAUGCUACUUCGCCUCGACCAGAAAAUACCUUGCAAGCAUACUGAAGGGCGAGAACAUUUACGAGUAUUUGGAGAGAAUUCAAAAAGAGCCCCCUGUUUUGUCGUUUCGUGCGACGUGCUGGCAUAACGAAACGAAGCAGCGUAAUGCAAGGUUUACGGAUCGAGGGGGCAAAACGCACACACGACUUGAAAGCUUCACAGAAAAGGUUGUCACCUUAACAGAUGAGGAGAGAUUCAAUUUCCAAAGAUGGGAAGACAUCUCUGUUAUUCCCGGCGACUUCCCUUCCUUCACCCUUGUCAAGGUCAACUUCACCAAGGCGUACGAGUUAAAGAACGAUCCGACGAAAAUCCUCUUCACUAACCUGUCAUGUGGCUUCCACGCACGCAAUAGACACAGGGACAAGCGCGUGGACUUUGAGGAGGUCCUUUCAAUCAACGGCUUUAAAGAUCACGUGAUUGCUUAUGUAAAUGAAGGAGUGAGGGAGAAAUGGCUGUGCAUGCUGGGAUACUGGUUGUUUUCCGUGCUACUGUUGACCUGGGUCUAUCGUUGGAUGUUUAAUACAAGAAUCACAGUUAGACAAGUGGCGAUUGUUAAGCGAAUUGAAGUGGUGUAUGGAACUCCUGUUCCCGCCAAAAACUUGAUCACGUGACGCUAUUAAGUUUCGAUCAGCGGUUGUUUCUAAAGAUGAAGGCUAACGAAAUUCACGGGGCACCGUCAUCUGACAAUUUGGACAAAAAUAUGAAGAUUUUUAUGGUACUCGGCUAGGAAAAAUAAAAGAUAGCUAGAUAAGCGUGGCUUAAAACGUGAAAUUAUUAUGCUUGACAUAAAUCCCUUAAAAUUGAUUCUAAAAUAAAGCUGAUCUAAAAUAUAAAUUGAAGUGUUGUAUGGAACUCCUUUUCCAGCCAAAAACUUGAUCACGUGACGCGAGUAAGUUUCGAUCAGCGGUUGUUUCUAAAGAUGAAGGCUAACGAAAUUCACGGGGCAUCGUCAUCUGACAAUUUGGACAAAAAUAUGAAGAUUUUUAUGGUACUCGGCUAGGAAAAAUAAAAGAUAGCUAGAUAAGCGUGGCUUAAAACGUGAAAUUAUUAUGCUUGAUAUAAAUCCCUUAAAAUUGAUUCUAAAAUAAAGCUGAUCUAAAAUAUAAA